AUGGAAGAAAUUCCCACUAACACAGAAGAGGAAGAGGAGAAAAGGGAAGAAGAACAGGGUGAUGAAGAUCCCAUUUAUGCGCUAGCACCUACUAUUAGCAUCCGUGAUGAGCGGUCUGUUGAUUUAUCGACAUCUCCAGCUUUUAUUUGUCUACAUGAGUUAUAUGCUAUGGGAAAACUUCCUGGAACCAGAAUGGCUGAGUUAAAGGCCAAGUACACCUUGAUGCAUGAUACUUUGGCAAGUACACAGGAGUCAGAAAUUACUCUGCUUCAUAAUGUCAAACAUUACACUGAGCAAAUCCAACAGCAGCAGUUCCACAUGCAGCAAGCCGAAAACUUUCCAGAUGCAUUCACCACAGAGGUCUCAAAAAUGCGAGAGCAACUUCUCAAGUAUCAGAAUGAGUACAAUGCAGCAAAAGAGAGAGAGUACCACAACCAGUACCGGCUGAAUAGCUUAAUGGAGGAAAAAAGCCUUAUCAUGAAGGAAUUCGAGAAGAUACCUAAACCAGGAGAAAUGGAAAAGAAGAUGAAAAUAUUGAGAGACAGUAUUGAAGAGUUACGUAAGGAAACAAUGCAGAAGAAACUAGAAAUUAAAAGUUUGCGGGAAGAUUUAGUAUUUAAGCAGAAGCAAUCACAAAAGGAGCAGAAGGAACUAGAUGAAUUGUUGGAAUUUCAAAUCAACCUAAAGGAUGAUGUGGUUCAUAACCAGUCUGUUCCUGUACAAAUUGGAAAAGAAAUAGAAAAAAUGACACGCAGAAAAGUAGAGAUGGAAAAGAAAAAAGAUAUCUUAGAACAUGAAGCCAAAGAACUAAAUGAUUCUCUAAAGAAAGUUGAAACCAAAAUUAAUGCUGUAGUAGAAGAGAAGGAGGAUGUAAUAAAGGAAGUUGAAAGCAAGCGAGCUUUACUUGAAGUCAAAGAACAAGAACAUAACCAGUUGAUCAAGCUACUAGAAUUAACCAAAGAGAAUGAAGCCACUUCAUUAACUGAAAGAGGAAUCUUUGACCUCAACUUACGAAACUGUCUCAUUGAUAAACAGAACUACCAUGAUGAACUUUCUCGUAAGCAACGAGAAAAAGAACGAAAUCUUCGAAAUUUAAAAAAGAUGGAGCUACUCUUAAAAGUGUCCUGGGAUGCUCUCGCUCAGACUCAGUCAUUACAUGAUAGGCUUCAGUUAGAGUUGGAAGCUAUCCCUAAGGAUGAUUCUGCAUUCUCUGAGAGAAGGAGAGACCUCCAUAAAGAAGUUGAAGCAGCAAGGAGGAACUUCAUCCAACAGAAAGUGUUCUCAGAAGCUGAAUCUAAGUUAGUAGAAAAGCAAAUUUCAGAGGAAAACCAGCUUAUAAAGGAGCAAGAACAUAUGCGAGGUAUUUUCUUCAGUCUCAUCCACAUGACGCAAAUGAAAAUUGAUGAGAAGGAGCAAAAGUCCAAGGACUACCUGAAAGCUCAGCAAAAAUACAGCAGCAGUAUUAAGGAGAUCAAAUCAAAGAAUCUUGAAAUCAGUGUACACAAGAAGAGAAACUAUGAAAUUCAUCGAAGACUCAAAGAGUUUGCUAAACUGUAUGAUAAUGUUCGAAAUGAAAGAAACAAAUUUGUUAACUCACUUAGAAGAGCUCACCAGACAGCGAAUGAAAUAAGGGAAAGGUAUAAAAUGUCAUUAAAUGAACUGGACAUUUUAAGAAAUAGUGCAAUUAUACAAGAAAGAAAACUGCAAAAUUCUAUGUUGAAACAUGCCAACAAUAAGACCAUCAAACAGAGCAUGAAAAAUGACAUGUGCAAAGUUGUGGCCAAACUUCAGGAAAUGAAAGAAAAGAAGGAAACCCAGUUAAGUAAUAUUGAAAAACUUGCCAGUAUGAUCACAAUGAUUGAAGAGGAGAUGGUUCAGCUUCGCAAAAAGUAUGAAAAGGCUGUUCAGCAUCGAAAUGAAUGUGGUGUUCAGCUGAUAGAGCGGGAAGAAGAAGUGUGUAUCUUUUAUGAAAAAAUUAAUAUCCAAGAGAAGAUGAGGCUAAAUGGAGAAAUUGAAUUACAUCACCUGGAUGAAAAGGUCCGAUUUCUGAAACUGAAGAUUGCUGAGAAGCAGAGACAGAUUUUUGUGGCACAGAAAUUAGUGCCAAUUAAGAAGUCCUUGGAAAAUGAAUUAAGAGUGCUCCAGAUUCAGUUUACACAGUGCACAGACAGAAUAAGAGAUUUGGAGAAACUAUUCAUAAAUCCUAAUGGUAAGAACAGAAGUCACUUUCUUCCAGGGAAAAAUCUAACUAAAGAAGAAAUGAUGAAAAAAAUAAGUAAGCUGGAACUACUGCUGGCCAAGAAGGAGGAGAAGUUACUGGAACAGGAUUUCAUCUUUGAGCAAGUCACCCGGCUCACGGACAGACUCAGCGGCAAAACACAGGAAGGCAAGAAAGACACUCUGCUCCUAGCCAAAAAGAUGAAUGACUACCAGAGAAAGAUCAAAGAUACUACUGAAAAAUUGAUGGCUCUUGUUGCUGAGCUGUCCAUGAAACAAGCUCUGGCCUUUGAGCUCCAAAAGGAAGUCAAAGACAAAGAAGACUUUAUCUUCUCCUGCAAUUCCAGGAUAGAAAAGGGUCUGCCACUCAAUAAAGAUAUUGAGAAAGAAUGGUUAAAGGUACUUCGCAAUGAAGAGAUGUAUACCUUGGCCAUUGCUGAGAAAUCUAAGGCAUUCAUGGAAAUGGAAAACCGCCAGAUGCCCAAUGGGGUUUACACGACUGCAGAGCUACGUCCAAAUGCCUACAUUCCAGAUGCAGAAGCCACUCUUCCUUUGCCUAAACCAUAUGGUGCUUUGGCUCCUUUUAAACCGAAUGAACCUGGAUCCAAUAUGAGGCAUAUUAGGAAGCCGGUAAUAAAGCCAAUUGAAAUCUGAGUAGGAC